AUGAGGCCUGGCAACCUCGCGUCUGUUAGCAACAGCAUUACGCGCCACAACAUCUCCAGCAUGCCAUCGACGCAUGUGACUUCGAGAACCAUUAAGACAGAGGCAGUUCCACCACACACGGAGGGAACCAAGAGCUGGAAGAUGAAAAUUCUCGACUGCAUCGGCGAGCACAUCUACGCUGUGGGCGAGGUGGAGAAGAAGAGGGCCGACUCUCCGAGUUUCUCCAUCUCCUCCUGCCUGAGACCUCUACAGGAUUACGAGCACAAGAUUGACGAGAUGAUGUGGCGUGCUAAGGGUGAGCGUGAGCUCUAG